AAUACACACACUCAUAUCUCAUAAUUUAUAGAAGAGAAUUAAUUCAGAUAAAAAACAUAAUAAUAUUGUGUAUUUAGAUAUGGGUGACUUAACAAAGUCAUGUGUAUUAUUGAUGGUGUGUUUCUUGGUUGUGUUAAUCUCAAUGGAAUUGGGUGUUGAGGGCCAAGGCCAAGGUGGUGGUUAUAAGAAGGAGAAGAGGCCCGUGGAUUGGGCGGCUACCACAAACUACGACGUUUUAACGCCGCUAGCAUCGGGAAGAGAACGAGCAUUUUGCAAAGCAAGAGGGAAAUGUACUUCCAAAACCCUAACUUGCCCCGCGCAAUGCCCGGAGCGAAAGCCUAAGAAGAAUAAGAAGAACAAGGGUUGUUACAUUGAUUGUAGCAGCAAGUGUGAAGUCACUUGUAAAUUUAGAAGACCCAAUUGUAAUGGCUAUGGUUCCCUUUGCUACGACCCACGUUUUGUUGGCGGUGACGGUGUAAUGUUCUACUUCCAUGGCGCAAAGGGUGGAAAUUUCGCCAUAGUCUCCGAUGAAAACCUUCAAAUAAAUGCCCACUUCAUCGGAACAAGGCCUCAAGGAAGGACCCGAGAUUUCACAUGGGUCCAAGCCUUGUCUGUCAUGUUCGACACUCACACCCUUGUUAUUGGUGCAAAACGUGUUCCUCUAUGGAGGGAUGACGUGGAUGCCCUCACCGUCAGCUGGGAUGGUGAGUCCAUCCAAAUCCCAACUGACGGUGAGGCUGAAUGGAAAACCGACAGUUCUCUCACAAAACGACAAGUUGUUUUGGAGAGAACUGACGAUUAUAACAGUGUUAGAGUAACUGUGACAGGUCUAGUUCAAAUGGACAUUAGAGUGAAACCUAUUGGGAAAGAAGAGAAUAGAAUCCAUAACUAUCAAAUCCCAGAAGGAGAUUCUUUUGCUCACUUGGAAACUCAAUUCAAAUUCUUGGAUUUGUCUGAUUCUGUGGAAGGGAUUUUGGGUAAAACUUAUAGACCUGGGUAUGUGAGCCCCGUGAAGAUUGGAGUUCCAAUGCCGAUGAUGGGUGGUGAAGAUAAGUACCAAACGACGUCGUUGUAUUCUACUCUUUGUAAGUUUUGCAAGUUUCAGAGGCCAAUAUCUAAUUCCGACGACAUUGAUAAUAAUGGUGAAGAAGUUGCUCUAUCUUCUUGAUAAUAUAAUUAAUCUAAUUGAUUAAAUUAAUGGAAAUAAUAUUAAUACUAUUUUAAUUGGUUUGGAAAUAUUUUAAUUAACAUGUUUGGUUUUAUGUGAUAUUAUGUAAUUUAGCAUUGUAUCUGAACUAAAGCACGAAUAAAGGGUUACAAAUGUGUCUA